AUGUGCAAGAGUCAAGGGCUUUUUCAGAUGGUUUCUUUUGCCGGUUCCAGCCUUCAGCAGGAGAGGAUGUACAAGGUGCAUCGGGGCCACGAGUCCAUGCACGUGGAGAUGAUCUUGAUCUUCCUCUGUGCUCUAGCCAUCGCACAGGUCGUGCUGGUCCAGUGGAGGCAGAGGCACGGCCGGUCCUACAAUGUGAGUUACCCCCACUUGCCCUCACCCCCACACUCCUCCUUUCUUGUCACUCUGAAGGAAAUGAACAAUGUUAUUACCACAUUCUUAUCAUCUUUUAUUGUUGUUUUCAAUAGGAUCAAGGCUAGAGAUUCCAUGGAUUUUGGCAUUGUAUCCUUGUUCUAUGGCCUGUACUAUGGAAUAAUGGGGAGAGACUUUGCUGAGAUAUGCUCAGAUUACAUGGCUUCUACUAUAGGGUUCUACAGCAUCAGCGGGAUGCCCUCCAGGAGUUUGUCAGACAAUAUCUGUGCUGUCUGUGGGCAGAAGAUCAUUGUGGACCUAGAUGAAGAAGGACUCAUUGAAAACACCUACCAGCUUUCAUGUAAUCAUAUCUUUCAUGAAUUCUGCAUCCGAGGCUGGUGUAUUGUUGGUAAAAAGCAGACUUGCCCUUACUGCAAAGAGAAAGUUGAUUUGAAGAGGAUGAUCAGUAACCCCUGGGAGCGCACACAUUUUCUGUAUGGACAGAUCCUGGAUUGGCUUCGUUAUUUGGUAGCAUGGCAACCUGUGGUGAUAGGAAUAGUUCAAGGCAUUAACUAUUCGCUGGGACUGGAAUAG